CUCACCAAACACCAAACCGCCACAAUGCUCAAGUCAUCCUUCCAAGCAGACAUCCCAGUCACAGACGUCGCCUCGUUCGUCUUCAGCUCCGGCACGCCCGCCUCGCGCCAGUCACCGCAGUACUUCGACGCCGCUACUCCGUCCAAAUGCUUUAGUCUCGCCCAGGCUGAGGGGUACGUGAAGCAGAUCGCGCGCGGUCUGGAAUCGCUGGGGCUCCAGCCAAACGACAAGGUUCUUCUCUACUCAAGUAACGAUAUCUUCUUCCCGGUCGUGGUAUGGGGCGUUCUAGCCGGGCGGUUUGUCUUUACGGCUGCGUCGCCGACGGCCAGUGUUAACGAACUGGAAUAUCAGCUCCGCGACUCAGGCGCGAAACUCCUUCUUGCUGGUCCGAGCCAGGUAUCCGUUGCGUUGGACGCAGCGGCGCGGGUCGGACUGCCCCGGGAUAAGGUGUAUUUAUUCUGCGACCCUGGCGAUGCCUCAAGCUACUCAUCGCAAGAUCUGCCUGUGUGGACGCAGUUCUGGCGGCCCGCUGCAGAAGUACAGUCCUGGUCGUGGAGGAAGAUAGACACACUAGACGAAGCUAAAGACACGACAGCGAUUAUCAACUACUCCAGUGGAACAACAGGUCUUCCCAAGGGGGUAGAGAUAUCGCACUACAAUCUCGUUGCGAAUUCGACGCAGCUACUGGCCGUACGUGCUCUCGUAUCCAACGACAAGAAGGGUAGAGAUCGCAAAGAACGACUCGAUAGUUCGGGGGAGAGAUGGCUGGCGCCGCUUCCUAUGUACCAUGCAUAUGGCCAAACAUACUACUGCCUGAACGCGGCACGCGCAGGCGCAAAGGUAUUCAUUAUGAAAUCGUUCGACGUGCAGAAAUACCUCCUCUACAUGGACAUCUACCGCAUUACAUUCAUGGCCUCGGUCCCCGCCAUAAUGGCCACGCUAGCCAAGCAGUCCAACGCCUCAGCGUACAAUCUCCGAGCUAUUGAAGUGGUGACUAGUGGCUCUGCGCCACUUAGUGCUGAACUCGGCCGGAUCAUUGCUAAGAUGUACCUCCGUCCGGGGGUAGGUGUCAAGCAGGGCUGGGGGAUGACGGAGACGACGUGCACGAUUACGACAUUUCCGCCGGACGAGGAGGACGAUGGUCGGUCUAUUGGGUAUCUGGCUCCGAACUGUGCUGCGCGGAUUGAGGCUGUUGAGGGGAGGGAUUUCAGUGGUGCUGCGCCGAAGGGGGCGGCUGUGGGUGAGAUCUGGGUUGCUGGGCCGAAUGUUAUGAAGUGUUAUUAUAAAAAGCCGGAUGCAACGAAGGAGACGAUUGUUGAGGAAGGUGGGAUGAGGUGGUUGAGGACGGGGGAUAUUGGGUACUUUGAUGAGAAAGGCCGGUUGUAUAUCGUUGACCGGUUGAAGGAACUCAUCAAGGUCAAGGGCCUGCAGGUUGCCCCAGCUGAGCUGGAGCAGUACCUGCUUACCCAUCCGGAUGUUGCUGAUGCAGCAGUUGUCGGUGCUAAAGUAAACGGUGGAGAGUAUCCUCGAGCAUUCGUCGUGCGCAAGGAAGGGACUGUGACAGGAACUGAACUGUUCGACAUGAUCAAAGCGCAGUUUGCACCGCACAAGUGGCUCACGGGGGGAGUAUACUUCAUCGACCAGAUACCGCGGACUGGUAGUGGGAAGAUCAUGCGGCGCAAUCUGCCUACUGAGCCAGAGGCUCGUGCAAAGCUAUGAGAUGGUAAUUAGGGCUUUGCGGCAUAUUUGAUAGCCUAGACUAGCAUAAAGUGCGAUUCUGAUCAUAUCUCUUCUGGUUUGCAUCCAGGCCAGAUUGGAUUACCUAGUCGUAGAUCUUCUAAGCAGUCAGUUAUGUCUCCG